AUGACGGCGGCCAUCAGCGUGCUAUUGGCUACUCUGAACAGGAAGGAGAGUCGUGAGGAGGGCGAAUCAGGAACCAACGCCCUGAAGAAGAAGAAGAAGAAAGAGACCGUCCUCCUUCGCCCAAUCAUCUGCAUCUGCAAUGACCUUUAUGUCCCAGCACUGCGACCUCUGCGGCAGCAAGCCUUCCUAUUGGCCUUCCCUCAGACUCAACCCUCGCGCCUCACACAGAGAUUAGCGGAGAUCUCUCGGUUUCAGGGCAUGAAAGUAGACACUGGCACCUUGAUGGCUCUUUGUGAGAAAACUGAUAACGACAUCAGAGCCUGUCUCAACACCCUGCAGUUCCUGCACGGGCGUGGUCAGAGGCAGCUGGACCAGCGUGCGGUGACCAGUGUGUGUGUCGGACAGAAGGACCAGAACAAGGGGCUCUUCACCGUGUGGCAGGAGAUCUUCCAGCUGCCGCGCACCAAGAGGAAGCGGAUUGGCACGGAGGCCUUGGAGGAGGCGUGGCUUAAUGAGGGAGCGCAAAGACUACAGCACAUCCUGCAUCUGGUGUCCUCGACGGGGGAGAACGAAAAACUCACACAGGGUCUGUAUGAUAACUUCCUGAACAUGAAGCUGAAGGACCCCAGCCUGCGGGGUGUGUGUGAGGGGCUGGACUGGCUCUGCUACGCGGACGUUCUGAAUGACCACGUGUUCCACACCCAGAACUACUCGCUCAUGAGAUACACACCCUUCCUGCCCGUCGCAUUCCACCUGCUCUACGCACACACACACACCCCCCGCAUCAACUACCCGUCCAGCCACUAUGAGGUAUACACACACACCCAGAACAUGAGGAAUGCGGUGGUUGCCAUGUUGGCUGAGAUUCCCCCGGCCAUGCGGAGUCGCUUGGCCCUGACCACCCUCUGCCUGGACAUGCUCAGCCUUCUGCUGGACCUCAUCUCCCCAAAACUACGCCCUGUGAAUCCCCAGCUGUACAGCUCCCGAGAGAAACAGCAGCUGUGUGAGCUGAUCGACACCAUGAUCAACUACAACCUCAGUUAUAGACAGGACCGCACUCAGGAAGGACAAUACACAUACGUACUGGAACCUAACGUGGAGGAGGUGGUGCGGUUUCCAGGGCUGCCCCCACGGCGACAGCUGACCUAUCAGGUGAAGCAGCUCAUCGCCAGGGAGACAGAGCUGGAGAGGAUGAGGAGAACCGAGAGAGCACAGCAGAGACGCAACACACACACGAGGGAAGACCCACAGGAAGUGAAGAAAGACAAACAGGAAGUGAAGACAGACAAUCAGGAAGUGAAGAGAGUCUCUAGCAAGAACCAUCAACAGCGUCUAGAGAACAUCGUCAAACAGACUGUGGUGGAAAUCAGGCCAGAAGUGGACUUCUUUGGCCGUACCAUCAUACCAAAAGGGAAGCCCACCACCACUUCAACAACAGAGGCCAGUAAAGGGGGCAUGGUUUUGCAAAUUGGCCGUGCUGUGGGGAACAGUGACGUUUGGUUUCGCUUCAACGAGGGCGUGUCCAAUGCUGUCAGACGCAAUGUGUAUAUCCGGGAGCUGCUCUGAGAGUGUGUGUGUGUGUGUGUGUCUGUAAGAGCAGCUGUCAUUUGUAGAUAUCACUGUGAAUAAACUCAGAAA